AUGGGUUAUCCUAUAGCAGCAAUUGUUGCCCUCCUUCUAUCUCUGGCAAUACUUGUCAACACGUUAAUUAACUUUCUUGUGAACACUAAUUUAUUGCCGACACAUAGAUUUCGUAUCGGUAAUGUUACCCUCUUUACACAUAGAAAAAUCAUCUCAAGAAUACGUUUGUAUUCUAUGUUUGAAAUUUCAACUAUAUCAGUUUGUUGCAUCUAUUGGAUCGUAAGGAUAGCUCUUCAACUCAAAUCCUUUAAAUCAGAAGAUCGAAAGUGGAAGACGCAUUCAAUUCUUGAAAAGCUCUGGGUUCGUCUUCUAAGACCUAUUACUAUUGUGACAUUUAUUGCAAGCAUUUACACAACUGUUGUGGCCAAUGAUGACAUUGACAUUCUGCCGCGUGAUAUAUGGAACUUUUUCACCAGAAUAUUUCAACAGCUUCAGAGAAGAAAUUUAACAACUGAUGGAAAAAUGCAAGAAGAAAUGGUCAACUAUAUGGAAGCCAUUCAACUUGAAUUCCAGUGUUGCGGAGUCGACGGUGUUGCAGAUUGGUACAGCGUAUCACCGUUUGUAGGAUAUGUACAGGAUGGCCCGUAUGUGCCUUUUAGCUGUAUUGACACAGGCGAAAUCACCGGCCAUGGUCUUCAGUUCCAGCGAAUUAUUCACCCAAUAGGUUGUGCAAGUGCUGUCGGAGAUCAUAUGUACGCUCUUGCUUACCCAUUGGUUGUCAACCCUGCGAAAGCCGAUUUCUGGCUCACACUGAGUUUGUUAGUGAUCAGUUUCCUAGAUCGAUACUUGGAACGUAGGUAUGCUAGAUCAAGUCCACAUCCUCCAAAGGAAAGUAAACACAUCUCCAAUUCUCAACUACUACGAGCUAUUAAUGGCACCACUCUUUUAACAGAACCGGCCGAACCGAAGUUAGAGCCUACGACCACAAGUAAAGACAAGACUGAAAGGACCUAUACCCCUGAUUAUGUUCUAAAGGAUGGUGAUCGACAUGUUAGUGAAACCAUUAGUCGGGUUUAUAGAAGAAGACUUGACAAUCCUGGACAGGUUAAAACCAGUAAAUUUAGAAGACUUUUGAGAUUCUACGCUCCGCUUAUUGAAGCCACUCUAUAUACAGAUGGUGAUAGUCGAAAUGAAGUUGAAGGAAAUGAUUACUAUGGAGGCUUUAUUGCUACUUUGUUUCGAGCUAUCUGUUGUGGUCUAUUAGGACUUCUAGCUUCACACAUAAUAGUGCUCUCCUUUCUGAGAAAGUUCAAAGAUGCUCCUAAGGAGGCGGACAUUGCUAAAAGAAAUAUAUCCGCAGGCACAGAAGCGGAACAACUCGAAACACUGGAGGAAAUGAUGAUUUUGACAAGCAUUGCUGUUCGUGUUUGCUUCGUAAUUGCUGCGAUUGUCUCCAAGAGAUUUAGAUGCUUUCUUAUUCUACUUGGACCCAAUUUGGCACUUAACGCUGGUCAGUCGUUUAUCGCGGCAGAGUUGACAAGCGUAGCAGUUGUCGGUCCAGUUCGAGAAUUAGCCACAAACCUUAGAUCUGCUGGUUCGACACUCAAGUGUCUGAUGCAUAUCUCCUCUAAUAUAUCAAGCGAUGCCAAUAGCAUGCUAAAACCGGUUACUGAGAAGAAAGCUCAUGGUCUGGAUGAUGAUGAUGAUGAUAAAGGCGAUGAAGAUGAAGGAACUGGAAAUGGGACACAGUCCUAUAGGAAGCGGAGAGUAAAAGAGAUCUCGUAUGGGAAUGUUAGGCAUCUCGGGGAUUUCAACAAUUUCUUCAUGAGGGUUAUCCAAAAGGCCUCGAGAGGAAUUGGAAAGGGAACUACAAAGAUGUGUGUGUUGUCUAAUUUCAUUGUUAAGGCUCUAGUCUUGACCACUUUACAUUUGGCUUUAGUUUUCUGUCACUGUAAUUUCACCGAGGUAUUAGAAGUUGACUGCGCCAACAUCCUAGCCAGUUUCAAUGAAAGUACCCCCAUAGCUAACAUGUUACUUCGCGAUCCGUACGCUGAAACAAAUACCGCAGGAACAGGUAAUACGACAAAUGAAAAGAUUACUGAACAAGAGAAUAAAGAAAUCGAUGCCACAAACGCUGGGGUAGAUGAGCUCUUUCGACGUCACUUAGAGAAGAUGGACGUAACAGAAAAGGAGAGAUUGAAACAAAAAACUAGGGUUUUUCAAAGAGACGUAAAGAAAGCACUGAACAAUCUGAACGUGGAUCCUAACUCCACAAGUAUGAUACAAAACGCAGUUAAUUUGGGUCAUAAGAUAGAUCAAAAUAUGCGUGACCGUCUUCUCAAAGUCUGUAUGAUGAUGAAAAAAGGAAAGGUCGAACAGUGUAACCAAGCUGCUGUGGUUGCCUGUUACAAUAUUCAGAGAGAUGUCAUCGCUACCACUCGACUUCCAUUGUUUUUUAUUGGACCCUGGUGUUCAUCACAAGUGAACAAAGGUGGAGCAUGCCCGGCUGCAGAAGCAGUUGAACUUGCCAAAAAAGAUUGUAGUGGUAUUGGCUAUUCUUUGGGCCUGUUGGAUGGAUUUGGAGCACAAUUUGCAGUGGCUCAACAGGGCCUUCAAGAAUUCGCAAAGUCUUUUCAACUUGGUGUUAAAAUGAGGAAAGUAAAGGAAACUGCAAAGAAAAUUUUGGCUCUGCGAUCUGGUUCCAAGGAUGCUCUAGAACAGCUCUCAUAUAUGACUCUGGACGCGACCAGAGGCGCCUAUGCAAUUGCUUUUCUGCUUGCCACAUUAAUGAAGCUACUCUUUCUUCUUCUCUUGAUUAAAACGCAGGGAUAUAUUACAAAGUAUCUAACAAAAAUGGAUUUCGAUAAUAUAUAUGUUGAAGGCGUGUUUGAAGAUAUAGAUGAGCGUAGGAAGAAGGAAGGUAGGAUGUAUCUUCUUCCUUUGAAGAAAUCCGAGAGGAAAGUAGUUUUCUGGAGGAAAAUUGGCUACACAAAAAAAGAAUGGGCUCGAUCGAUCACAUCAUUGGUAAAAUCAUCCGUAUUGGGCAUUGGCCUGUCAUUUCUGUUCAUAGCUGAUGGAUAUCUGCAUGAAAUUCUUCAUGUGCUUGAUAUUGUCACUCAAGGUGACAUAGCUCUUGGAGGUGGCAAUAAGAACCCUGAUGCAAGCAUUGGGGUAAAUAUUCGUGGUGGAAAUGGUUUUGCAGCCGCCUUGAUUAAAGGUAUCGUGGAAGGAUUUCUAAGUCUCUCCAACAUUGACUUGAGCUAUAAGCUCAGUGAGUGUGCCCCAAAAGUAGUUGCAACUUCUUCAGAGUUGAAAACCAAGUUUGCAUUACUUUGGACAUUACUGUUUCUUCUUGGAGCAUUUUCGGGUUAUCUUCUUAGACUACGUCAUAUUAUUACGGGAUUUUUCUACCCUCUUGCCCAUCGCAAACGACAAAUGCAUUUAUACAAUGUCAUGUUAGCAAAUAGAGCUAGAGAACUAGCCACUAAUAAAAAUUUGCUUAUUCAACGCGUAAAGGAAGAACAGUUGCAAAAGGAGGUUCAGGACCUUUCUAAACCAAAAAAGGUUCCUAAAUUCCUUGCAAGGUGGAAGAAAGAGAAGGCUUGCUGUGUAAUAUGCCAUGAUGUUCAGAAUGCCGGUCCAGACUUAUAUGUUUGCCCCGUGGAUGGUUGCGCCACUUGUAGGCAAUGCCAGCAUCAAAUUUGUAACGAUCCGAAAUUCUGUGUUGCUUGCUUAGAUAGGAAUGAAGAAAGCCUCGAUAAAACUCUGUUGAAAUUGGAAGAAAUGUACAAAGAGAAGUCGCAGAAACAAUGGAAUAUGUACUGA